CAAGUUGGUCGCUGCACGUUCACACCUCAGGUGUGCUGGGUAGGAUGGCAGCGGAGCAGGCGCUGCGUGGAGUGUUGCAGUUUGGGUCUCACGUCAUACCAAGAGCACAGGUUUUCCUCCUCACCCCUCUCUCUUUUGCCUUCACCAACCGCAAACCCAUCCUCCCUGGACAAGACCAGUGGAGAGGUUCCAGGACCUGUCAACCGAGGAGGUGGGAGAUCUGUUUCACUGUGCACAUCGGGUAGCCCCUGUCAUCAGCAGGAUAUUUGGUGGCACCAGUCUCACCAUAUCAGUACAAAUAUCUGGAGUGCUGGGUGUGUGUUUGCAGAGCUGCUACUGGGCCAGCCCAUCUUCCCAGGUGACAGCGGAGUCGACCAGCUGGUGGAGAUUAUCAAGGUCCUCGGGACGCCCACCAAGGAGCAGAUACGACAGAUGAACUCCAACUACACUGAGUUCAAGUUCCCUCAGAUCAAGGCCCACCCCUGGAAUAAGGUGUUCCGACCACGGACCUCUCCAGAGGCCAUAGAGCUGGUGAGCAAACUGCUGGAGUACACGCCAGGUCUGAGGGCCAACCCCAUGGAGGCCUGCGCACAUGGCUUCUUUGACGAGCUGCGAGAGCCGGGGAAGACCCUCCCAUCAGGACGAUCUCUCCCUCCUCUCUUUGACUUCACCCAGCAAGAGCUGGCAAUCCGACCGUCUCUACAGUCAGUCCUACUGCCCUCCCACAUACAAAAGGGGGCGGAGUCUGUCAGCAAAGCCACACCCACUUCCUCCUCAUUGGACACUGAACAGGCUUCCUCGUCAACCACUCAGCACUAGCUCUAGUCGUCUCUCUCUCCCUUCGUCUGCUCUCUCUCUCUGUCUGUCUGUCCAUCUUUGUGUCUGUAACCAUGCAGCCCUCCAUAGCAAUGCACUCUGCACUUUUGCACUCUGACCUUGCCUAUAAUGAAACGGGUUUCUGUUUCUCAUUAUUAUUGUAACUUUGUAGAGAUUUGUUUUAGUAACCAUAGUUCACGUUCAUCUCUUUCUCUCCUCAUUGUCUCUCUGCUCUCUCCUCUUGCCUGCACCACUCUGCCUGACUCUGUUGCCGUGUUCUAUCAUGAAUUGCAUAUCUCUGUUGUAUAUAAGAAAAUGAUGACUUGUACAUUUCUAAGACUGAGGUAACCAUGCGUUUUGAA